CGCCGCCCAGCCCCGUUCCGCCUCCUGCGUUUUGGCGCCGCUUUCGUAUCGCGUUGGCCGCCAUGAGGAGCCGCUCGGAGGUGGAGGCCACGCUGCGCACCGCCAAGCUGAACCCCGGCGAGCUGCUGCCGGCCGUGCACUGCCUCAGCUUCGGCCCGCAGGGCGGCGCCGCCGAGUGCUGCCUGCUGCAGCUGGAGGCGGGGCUGUGCGAGGAGCUGGAGGCGGGACGCAGCUUGGUAAUCCGUGGUGAAAAGGAUGAACAAGCAGUGCUGUGCAGCAAAGAUAAAACAUACGACAUGAAAAUAGCAGAUACCUCAAAUAUGCUGCUGUUUAUUCCUGGCUGCAAAACUCCAGAAGAGCUGAAUGCAGAUCAAGCAUCUUGUAAUAUUAUUCAUUCACAGAUCACUGGUUUCUCCAAUCACUAUUGGGAAUUAAGGAGAUGUCGACCUAAACUGAAGAAACUGAGGAAGCUUCUGAUGGAAGAUCCUUAUGAAGGGCCAGAUAGUGCAAAAGAACAGACUUCAACAGCAUCAAGAUAUACAACAGCAGAUUUGCUAAGUCUGAUUCAAGCAAGUGAAGAGGAAAUACUGCACCAGCUGCAGGUUAUGGGUGCCUGUGUAAUUGAAGGAUAUUGGAGAGUUUUAGAAUUUGACUAUGAGAUGAAGCUCUUGAAUCACGUGACUCAGCUGAUAGACUCAGAGUCCUGGUCUUUGAAUAAGGUUCCUUUACGGACGUGUCUUGAGGAGCUUGGACCUUUAGAGCCCACAGAGAUGAUAGAGCAUAUUCUUUUAAUCUAUGGAAGGAAAUACACCGAUGAUGCAGGGGAAGUUUACUUUGAAAUGUGUGAGGAUAAAGUAUGCAGAGCUAUAGCACAAAUGCUUUUGCAAAAUGCAGUUAAAUUCAAUCUAUCGGAUUUUCAUGAAGUCUGGCAACAGAGCGUCCCUGAAGGGAUGUCAACCAGUCUCGAUCAGCUUAAGGGUUUGGCUCUUGUGGACAAAGCCUCAAGACCAGAGACCAUAUUUCUGCUAAAAGUAGAAGACUUGCCUGAAGGCAAUCAGGAAAGAUUCAACAGCUUAUUCAGCAUACGGGAAAAGUGGACAGAAGAGGAUAUUAUCCCUUAUAUCCAAGACUUAUGUGCAGAGAAGCAGACGGUUGGUGCCCUUCUGACAAAACACGCUCGCUCCUCAAUGCACAAUGGCGUCAAACUUUAUAAUUCCAGAAGACCCAUCUCAUAAAAAAACACUGCUUUAAAAACAGAGAAUAUCGUACGGAGUAACAGUGAAUGCUGCUUCUUCCUCCCCUCUCCUAAGAAACUACAGUGUCUGCAGCCCACUUCCACCUUCCUUUGGCCUCUUUCUUUUUCUUUGUGUUUAUAAUUAUGCUGGAAGUCAAGGUUCUUUAAUGUGAUUUUGCUGCCUACCCACAAACUGAGGAGCUUUAAAACCAGGCUGUGCGCAUGCGCGCGUUACGCUCAGCCCUGCGCCAGAGGCGCGCAGAGCGCAUGCGCCUGGACAGGAGCCCUGACACCCCCCCCCCCCCCCCCCCCCCCCCCCCCCCCCCAUACGAUUCUUUCUGGGGUUUUUUGGUUGGGUAUUUUUUUUUUCACCUCUGGGUGCCUUACAGAGUCACCCUGUCGCCGCUUUGAGAAAUAAAAUGUGUUUUUGAGAGAUUUGACCCAGUUCCUUCUUCGUUGCCUGUGACCUUUCACACGGCGGGGUUAGAGGU